AUGAAGCCACAAAAACACCUGGGCGUCAUGCUUGGCCUGACGGGGAAGCAGUCACUCGGUAUGUGAAGCGAUUUCUCUUCUAUCACAAUCAAGCAAUUUCUCUUGGCACCCGAUAUGAUAUUCCGUUUGUCCUAAACUAUGAAGACCACCGCUGUCCCCAGGACGUGGUGGUAACCUGAUCGUAAAUUUCUUUCUAUUAAAGUCGGCUCGGGCUGCAUUUGCCUCAUUCAAUAAACCCACACCCGACGUGUCUAAGGGCGAUAUCGAAGAAUGCUGAAAACUAGCAUGGACGAAUUGGCUUAUCGGACCAAGGCCGCAUCACUUGUUACCGCGUGCGUACUGAUCAAUAACUCCACACAAACUAAUCGCUAGUGCUGGCGGCUGGGGCCUCACACAGCUUAGGAGCUCACAGUGGCUUCAUUAUGAAGGGGUCAUCGCAAUAUGAUCCUCAUUUCUGAGGAUUUCGACUUCGUCUCGCCAGCUGGCAAUCUGAACCACAACCUCAGUAUGUUAUUAUAACUUAAAAACGCGCCAUAUUCACUAUAAUACUGAAUGGGUUGAAAUGCCGUGAACAGCCAGGCCAUGCGGAUAUGCGCAAGGAUACAUGGUCAAGGAUAAGACAACUCGACGCUGUCUACAUUACUAGAGGUUCUCUUCCGCGUUCUCUUGAUUUCCUAAUUGCAGCGACUGUGAAACUGUUCAAAAGGAAUUAAUCAAGGCUGGAACGGGAUAUUGCAUAGGAGGCAGGCGAAGGGAAUUUUCAGUUACGUUGCUGGUUUGCUGUGCUUGUGGUAAGCAUAUCGUGAUGGGGUUGCGACGGAUUCGAAGAUAUUCAACAAGACCACUCUUGAUCUUGAACGCGAGUUGACAGCGGAAGCAUUUUUAUAGGCUUCUGAUAUUGAUUAUGUUGAUUUGUGGUGUUCCAACCCUGCACACUACUUGAUUUCCUUGAUACUUCGUAGUUAGUUAAAGUUGAAGUCUGUUGCCUCAGUUAUUACAGCUGUUUGCCAUGCCUACUGACCCUGUGUAGGUGGUCAUCAGAUCUCUCAGUUAAUUUGAUAACGCUUGUAAGAGGUUCUAAAGAUUUCACUUGCUUGCUCUUUUUUAUCUACUUUUUCCGGAUCCGUUCCGACGUCCACAUAAAAGACUAGCCCAAAGAUGUGUUCAGGCAUCAACCCCGCAAUGCAUCCUUGCGCUGAAGUUGAAUGUAUUUACAUAAGACAAAACUACUAAGUAGACCAGACGACUUCAGUACAUGAGCGUCCAGUACUAUUUCUUGUCGCUUUACCCAUGAAUUCCUUCAUAGAUAGAUUAAGAAAAAGUUGUUCAGCCUUCUGACCCGAGGUUUGCAGAUUCUCCGUAUCUAUGCGCCCUAAAGGAACGUCUCCAAGAUGAUUGCUAUAGUAUCCAGACUUUUGUUUUGGGAAGAACGACAGAACGAAACAAAGCCAAAGGUUAAAUAUUGUCAUGGGCCUCUUUAGAUUUAGAGAUCCGGGCUGAAAUUUGACGAUCCCCAGGUGGGGAUUCUCAGGUAAUAGGAACAGCCCACUACCGUUGGACAAGUAAUGUAGCAGUUACUACGGCUUCUGUAUUUUCAAUAAUUGCCAUCGGUUGUGUAACGGUUAUUGCUCUUGUACGUCAGUUAAUAAUCCAAAGUCAGCUCAUCCGCAGAUGAAAAGAUCCAGUCCUUGUUACAUGUCUGCCUCAUAUAUGUUCAUUACACAAUAGUCGAAAGUUAAAAGUGCACGCACUAUGGCCUUGGAGGUUCUUAUGAAAGGCUGCAUACAAUGGAUGUCAAACAGUUUUCUGUGAGUUCAAUUAUUUAUGUUAAAAUUCGUUCGAUUCUCUCGGUAGGCGUUCACCCACAUUGCGGAGGACAUGAUACUAACGAUGGCUAAAGCAGAUAGGUAACACUGCUCCACUCUUCGUAUCGAUGUGAAGACUUCCUACAUUGAUCCACCGUUCUCGAUCUGCCUCAUUUUACCACGUUGGAACUACCUACAUAUCAGCGUCAGUCAUUCGUAACGUCAGAAUUUUGCUACUAAUUUCAAGAGCCAAUCUUGGUCCAUGUUGUUGAAGGUUUUUGUGUAAUCAGAAAAGGUUGUGUUGAAAAUCGUCCUCAUUACCUUGCAUUUUCCCAGCAGUUGCUGGGCUACGAGCAUGUCGGUGUUCGCCGAAUUUCUCCGAAAUCCACACUGGCUAAUUAAAAGGGGUUUUUCUGGUAUAAAAUUCGUACUGUUAAGGAGGAUAAAGUUGAGAAUUUGCCGGCAUUACUGCGAGGGCAGCUUAUUUGGCGAUCGUUACAUCCCGCUAAUCUUCAUGCGCAAGUGUAUUUGGACAGUUGUUGCGUCCUCAAGACCCGUAUAGUCGCAAAUUCUGCAACCGUUGGAUAGACUGUUCGAUAGGUGGCACAGUACGAUGUUUAAGAAGAAGAAGAAGAAGAAGAAGAAGAAGAAGAAGGAGAAGAAGGAGACUAGAUCGUUGAGCUAUAAGUUCUAUCCGAUUGAUAUCCCCAAUUCGUUUUCUGACCCAUAAUUAGAGGCAAAGACAUAAAGAGGCAGCAAAAGUGUAAGGCUUGAAGUGGAUGCAAGAUACCUUUCCUGGCCAACCAGCCCUCUUAAAAUUAGUAGCUCCCACGUUCAUCGAAGACGGCCGCACAUGCUGUAGCGAUAUCUUUGUUGGCCUCAUUUAACAUGUUUGCAGUCGCGACCUCAUCAUCGAUGUUGAUGACUGGCGGGAUAAUCACUCGGUUAUUCGGACCACCAGUACAAUCACCGAGCAGGUUAUCAGUCUCACGCUCCCACCGCGCCCAGUUAUCCUGUUCGGGCAAAGUGCUACUGACGAACAAGACGGGGAUCAUUAUUGAAUUUGUCAGUAAACUGCGGGAAGAUUAGCUACGACUCAAGCAACUCGCCACUCACGUGAUUGUCAACUUUCACAAAGAUUUCGGCUUUGACGAAUUCGGAAGUGGGCCGAAGUUUGGGAAUUUGUGCCAUUCUGCCUAACCGCUGAGACGCCUUUAGACAUCCACAACCGUACUUAUCUGCCUUUUUCUUUCAUAUAACUGCUCUGUUCCCAACUGUACAAGGUCUGAAAAACAGCUCAAACAUAUAUUUUGGUGGCGUCGAGUUCAGACAACCGAGGUACGUACAGAACAGAGGCAGUCCCCAGACAUCAGGUGAUAAGGCCGGUUUAAUAGCAGCUUCAUAUUAUAAAUAUAAAUAGAUAUAAAUAUUUAACCCCUUUGCGUCCGCUAUCUCUGUCUGUAGCUGAUUCUGUUAAUGGGUUCAAGAACGGAUCCGAUAUGUGGGACGUUUAAAGGUUAUGCUAUGCAACAGUACUCUUUAUCUACUGUAUUGCCUUCUGGAAGUCAAUUUUUCACGCGUAUCGCAUCUAUGAUUUCAGAAUUCGAUCUAACUUGAGUGCGCGGAGAUUAAGGUCAACCGAAGUCAGUACACGACUCCACUUGCAGAUGGCCGGUCUUAAAUUCACUCACAUUGGUCGAUCCGGCGCUCUAUGUUCUCCGAUUCCUCCAUCAACAGGAUUGCUCCCUCUAAGCUGGGAAGAACCAUAGUUCAGUGGGCUGGGUGUUUCAGACUGCUUUGAUGGUCACAAUGAAUGUCUUCGUUUAUGUUUCCUUCUCGCGUUCUUGGAUCUUAUUUUCAAUACGAGUUACCCAAUCUUUUACUCUGUAGAUCUUCGUUCUUGCCAUCAGAUUAUGUCUUAGCUUUUUGACUCACUGGUUCGAUGACUUCAACAACAGUGACAUGGGCGACCUCACCCAGUCUUUUUUAACUUCGCUUGGCAUCUUCACCCCCUCCCCUCCUCCGGGUUUGCAUGCGAUCCAGAGUGGUACGCUUUUUCCUAGAUAGUUCUCGCCUGGAUUCAGACAUCUUCAGUGUCUCCUUCGUUUGAUGCCGUUCGCAGUUGUUGGAGUUGUAGUUUCAGUUUUGAGAUGGGCAAACAGGUGUUUCUUCGCAUUUGACAUCAUUCUCCAUCUCUGUUCCAAACACGUCACUACGAGCUUGCCCAUCCCCUGACGAGCAAAUGGUUCAGCGGUCGCCACUGACUUGAGCGGGUGAACUCGCACCUUUCUUCCAUGGAUUAACAAAACAGGAGGGCUUGCUGAUGGGUGGCAUAUUGUGUUCUGCUUGCCAACGCGGCGAAAGGAGUCCGAUGGUCUAUUUUGGGGUGACCGGCCACUUCCAGGUGACAUAAUCUUCAUCCGCAUAUGCUCUGAAGUAGCGGAGGUCGGCCAAUUUGUCCGUCGUCGAUACGGAUGGGAGGGGGGCGUAGACAGUAGAAUCGGCGGAAAAGUUUCUCUCUGCUGAUUAAGGGGCCAAGUGGCAAGAGGCACUCCAGCAUUACGGAAUUUUUUCCUGAACGACCGUCUAGAGGUCAAUUACAUUCAGAUGUCCUUCUUCCUAGGAGCGAUGCUGUUGAAUACGACGAUGUCAACCUUGCAAUGAGUCAGUUACCGAAAGGCUACAGCCGUUAUUCACUCUAAUCGGUUGUCCAUCGAAUGAAUCAGUUUUACAGGCUGCCUCAACGAUCGAAAUGAACAACGAGAGGGAAAUAGUCCUCUUGGUGGCAUACUGCCUUUUAACGAAACGCUUUCGAUAACUUUACUGGAGUUUUUAUGAUGACGAAUACAUAAGUAACCCGUAUUUCUCAUUCAUAUUUUGUACUAGAGAAGGACGGCAGUAGCCGGAGGUAAUAUAAAGGAACACUUUCUGGUUAAUGAGUCUUUGUCCAACUUUUUGAGCAUGUGAUAAAAUGUGCCAGAGUAAUUGCGGCGUUUUAGAAGUUAGAGAUGACCCCAACCGCAAUACACGAGGUCCUGUGAAAAUGCAUCCAAGGAAACCCGCCCAUCAGGGGGUUAUACAUUUUGAGCACACGUCAAAAUACUCUCUCCUCCGAAUGGUGAUGUAAUGCAUUAUGUUCUCAAGACCUGAACGGUUAUUUAUUACUGCUCUUCGUUUUCCUCGGAUUAUUCUUUGCAAAAUACCCCCUCAAGCUAUCUAGUAAAGGUAUCCAAAGCAAUGAGUGCAAAGCUGUAAAAAAUUGUCCACGCUUGAACGUUGCGCAUUAUGCUUAGUCUGAUGGUCUCUUACCUGGCUUUGCGGAAAUUAAUGUAAAAUUUAUUAAAUAUUUACUCGGUAGACUUUUGUGACGCCCUUGUGGAGCAAGUAUUUUAGGAUGGAAGUCUACAAAACUUAUCUCACAGCCGCGCACCUAAGGAGUUGAAAUGAAGAUACCUAUGAACUGGCGCUUGGAGUUGUUGGCGAGAUAAUGGCCGCGAAGCAUUUAUUUGGUGUUCAUAGUGUUAGCUCACUUAACACUGAUGUAAUGGAUGAGCAAGUCUAAAAAAGGCGACACGGUUGUAGCAAAUGACGAAGGUUCGCGAAUUCUUGUGUCCAAUGUAAUAAACAGCGACCGCGACAGAGCAUAUGUAUCAACCUACGAGACUCGGGCUACCUUUUCUGGCCAUUUUGACCAUCUCCUUUUCCGACUAACUAGAUUUAAUGAUGAUGACCAUUGCCGCAUUACCGCCAUUCAUAAUCAGCGUACCGCUCGAGAGAAACAAAAACGCAUCACUCUGGGAUGAUCAUGUUUCCCGGCACCACCCUCGAGUUUAUAUACAGGAUAUAAACGCUUGAGUUCCAUGCACAUGAGCAUUAGAAUGCUACCUUAGUAAACUGUUUAAGCCGACGGCAUAUCAAACGAUUGCUGUUUAUCUUUAAUGAGUUACUGUGUAUUCUUUGGUUUGGGGCCGCCUGGUAAACACAAAAAGAACAAGAACCCAUUUUACUUCGGAUGUUUAUUUUAAAUGGGUGCUUGUGUGAAACGAUCAAUAAAAUUGUUUCCAGGGAAAAGAAGAGCGUCUAAGAAGACAAAUUGAUCUCACGUAAAAAGUUGUUACCAUUAGUGCAAAAGGGCAUCUAACGAGUCUUGAGAUACAACUGCCGAGUGCUAACGGUAAUUGUAAGUACGUCAAAGUAUACAAACGUAAAUCUUAAUUCUGACAUUUGGAAUAAACAGCGAAAAUCUGUCUACUGAACCAUGCCCCUCAAACUGUGAUACAUCGUGUGCCGAAAAACAGCAUCACUACUUUCAGAGAACUGAAUGACUCACACCUGAGUUGUGGUUUCCAAUAAACCCGCAUAUAAUCUCCGGAAUGCUACCAGCACCAUCACCGCCACUACCACUACAAACAACAUAAAUCAAUGUAAGAUGUCCUAGUUGAGCUCAGCAGAGUCAGAGAUGAGGUCGGCCGGAGACAAUAUGACAGUGCUUUCACCCGACUGCAAGUUGAAAAGUCAUCAGGCCGAUGAUCUCUCUAGAAUUUUAACAGUCUUCCACCAGUGAAAUAAGUUAUAAUGUAGGUUGGCGACCACGACGCCUGCUGCGUUAUUAACUAAGGGGGAAAUUCAGACCGAAGUGUACAAAAUCAAACGAGAAGUACCGAGACUAUUGCGGAAGGCCAUAUUUAUUCUGUCUGACUCUGCUUCACAGAACAUUCUUCGGAAGUGGGCCCUGUUACUCGAGAACUUUGGCAGCGAACAUAUUUUCCGCGGGUUUUCUUUCUGACUUCUCUUCUGAGGAUUACCCCGAAACUAUUUGAACCACUUCUCCUUCUUGACAUUAUGGACCUUCGAAUGCUACCACUGUUAAGAAGUUCUUGGCGAAAAAGGCUGAAACGAGCCUGGAAUAGCUAUUUCUGGAUCACAUACCGUCAUCAACUGAUGACACCCCAAUUGGUGCUGCACACCCGAGAUGUCAACUCCGAGUGGGUUAAAAAUCGAGCAAUGCUCUCACCUCUUCACCUCUUCCAUUUCAGCUGAGAUCGAUAGUAGGUGGGCGCAUGGAACUGGUGUGUAUCAGUCUGUCCUGAUCGUAGGACAGAAUUGAGCAUUUCGGUUUUGCCUUGGAGCCAUACGGACGAUUGUACGGUGGCCAGCAACCUAUAAUUGGGAACUGUUCGCUGACAAAAGGAGGAAAAAAACUAGAAUGGCCAUCUCCAACUUAUCUGUCGUCAUUAACCGGCGCUGCCAAUAGGUAAGGCUACAAAUCUGAGACUUGAACUGUGAGUUGACUGAUCGCCAAACAACGUUCUCCCCACUGCUCCAACGGGCUUGCGUCAUGUCGUGAUUGUCAGAUCUCUACAUUGCACGUUGACUAUUUUGGCGUCCUGGUAAUCGAAAACACCUUCCAAAUGUUCUAGUUUAAGAAGGGAGGAGAAAUUAAAGGGUAUAAUUAAAAUUUCACACACACGUUGGUCAGUUUUUAUGUUCUUUCAGACGUCAUUCAAUAGUUUCUUAAUGUUAGGCUGAUAACCUUUUACAGGUUAAAGACAACUAGGCCGGAGAAGUUUUCAUCUAGAUCAGUAGUUAACUAACGCCAUCAGCGUUGAACUUGUUAAUAAGUACACGGUGUACCGUGAGUCUUGAGUCUCUUUCUUAAUUAUACCCCUCUGAAUACGUCUCCUACUAAUAGUAUUGACGGAUUUCUCUAAAGAAAGUGUUGUUUUCUGUUGGAGAGUGCAAAAUGUUCUUAAAAAUCUAUAUUUCUCCCAAUUAAGCAUAUCUUGAAAAUUGUCAUCUGUGGUGACUUUCUUCUUGCGGUAGUUUUUUUCACAAGCACUGUUUUUAAUCUGCUUGAAUGCGUUCCUUCCGUCACCCGUGCUGUCAACUGCACAGAAAAACUACUACUCCAAAAUAACCUAGUUGUUUUCGACUGCAGUCGCAUUCUUGAAAGUCUCAAAGUUAUUGCCUUUCGGUCGUUUGAAUGACGCAGAGUUUUCGAUCGACUGAAGCGAGCUUCUUCUUAAGUCGGUGCUUCGCAGAAAUUACAUCAAGGGCGCUUACGGCAUCAUCGAGUAAUGACUAAUCGAGGCGACAAUUGCCAGAUUGCCUGUCGGCCACUGAUUGGUCGGGCCUAGCCAGCCGGCAUGAUUCCUCCAGAUGAUUCGCCCAAACGUUAGCGUGGCCGUAAUCUGGACCUGCGAACGGCAGUUGCAUUCCUAGUUGGCGUCUUUUCAAGCCGCCACACCAAGGCAAUAACCGGCAAGGUAGAAGAAGGACGACACCACCAAAAAGUACUUUUAAAGGCACCUUCCACACCUGUACCGGACAUCCCAAAAACCUACCAGGUGGGCAAAUGGCUUGAAUAUGUCUUAUGUUUUUUUUAAAAAAUAAGCAUAUAUUUUGCCUCCUUUUAGGGCACACAACUUAUAUUCUUCAAUAGUAGUGAAAAUGCGAUUCCCAGGUGGCAUAUCAAAGGAUGAGAAGGCGUUCGCUGGGGAGGGAGGUUUAUUGGAGGUCCGACGUUUCGAGUAGUUGAACAUAGUGCGCCAUAUAAGGGGAGCUGUGCGCAGGACUUUCUAGUCUCUAAAGAUGCAUAGACGAAUCAACUACUCGAAACGUCAGACCUCCAAUAAACCCCUCCCGGUGAACGCCUCCUCUUCCUUUGACUUAUAUUGUUAUUCCGAACUCGCAUUUGGCCAACUUACUCCCUCUUUUACUAAAAUGCUUCUAUGCUAAAUCUAGUCCGGCUUCACAACGAGAAGAUGACCGCCCUUUCUGCAUCAUUCAAAACAUAAAAUGAAAUGCAAAAGUCAACUGCAUUAAAAUGUUUACUCGGGGAUCUACAUAAUCUUAAUAAGAAAAGGGCAAUCUAAGUUAACAUUUUCGGAUAACAAUGACGUUUCAUUUUAAUGACCUUAGAGACGACUUCGAUUCCUCUUUCAUUUGGUUCGUAAGGGCUCCAAAACAGCCGUCAUAGUGGUGACAGAAGCAUUCUGUUUAUUAAUCCCCAUUACUGGAUGAAAUCUGACAAAAUGUCACUUGCUUUCAAACCCGUUAUUUACGACUGUGCAUUUGAAGAAUACUUAAUAGCCUUGAAAACGUAAACUUUUUGUGACCAAGUAAAUCGUCAGUUGAUACUGCCAUCAAUUCUCUGCCCAUACAAAAGUUUGAUUUACACCGUUUGCGCUUUGUUCUAUAAACCAGUAUUAAAACUGAACAUAUCUAAAUAAAGCAUGUUUCAACAUGAUUUCGAAAAGCAGAAUUGGCAUGCCAAGUUAAAACGGAACUCUGACCUUCUGACCUGAAAUUCCGACCUCAGUCGACAGAGCAAGAAGUCCAGACACAUGGAACAAGUGAUCUUAUGUUAGAAUUUUGAGGUUGGACUAAAAUUGGCAGAUAAGCCGGAAAGGAAAGGAAGGGCACUCGAUUGCUGGAAUGUGAGCGUUUUCGACUGAUGUUUUUUUGGCACACCCCUGAGCACAUCACCAGAGACAACAACAUCGGGCGCAUUGGGAUUGGUCAGUUCCUCCAUUCCAUUUGUUGUACGACCACAUCUCUAUUCAAAUUAGUUGUCGCACCCAUCGAAGGCGUUUGCUCCGGCGAAAACACUUCUUACCUUAACAACUGAUUUUCUUUCCCAAUUACUGCCCCAAUCUUAUAUUUCUAUAUAGUGGACAGAAAUUCGCACUCUACUUCCCUUACCUUCCUCAGCAAUGCUCAAAACACUCCGAGAAAGAAGAUGUGAUUGUUGAGACUAGAGGUUUAUUGGCCUGAAGUUUUCGACUGCUGCUAGAACAUAUCUCCAGGGUCACUAAAUAUUGUCCCACUGGUGCAUUCGAGCAUAAACUUUGAACAGUCCUUUAUACGCGUAUUCGAACAGAUGAGGUAAAUAGAAUAGGAUUUCGGCCGCUUCUAUUGGUCCCGGAGAUGAAACUAUGGAAAGAUACUCCAGAAACCAACUGUUUACUUUUCCGAUCAAAUAUCAUUUUUUUCGCUACUUUCACACAAAGUUAAAUAAAUAAUUGUUAUAGUUUUCCGAGAAACACAGUAUUAACAUGUAGAAGGACAGCUUGACCAAAUAACAAUCCUGUAGUUGUAGUUAACAUAGAACUCAAAAUCUUCCAUCCUGUAGUCGUACUCAGAUGCCUGGACAGGCGCUUACAAAACGUUAAAGAAACUUACAAUUGGUUCAAAAUUAAUUUACAUUCAAACACAAUCCAACGAUCCCGAAGUUCAUGACUUUUACGUAUUUUUUAAAACCAGUUAAUCUAGUUUCUCUCACCUCUUUUAAGUUGUUUCUGAGCAGGCCAAUCUGAAAUAAUAUAAUUUCGGAACUUUUUAGAACGUCAAGUCUCUGACCAUCAGUGAACACCAAUAG